AAUAAUUCGAGGUAAACUUUUCUGACCGCCAUUCAAUGACUGAACUAAGUAACGUACCAGGGUUACUCAAAAAAAACGAUGAACAUGAAACGAGUCAGCUGCUAUUUGUUUAGCCUUCUGAGUGUAAUACUCAUUGUCGAAACAGUGGGAAGCGACACAGGCUGCUGUUACAUGGACACUCUUGCAGAGUUGCUGACACCCUCAGAGUGUAAGGGGCUCGUUCUUGCUCUGUCUCAGACAGACGAUGACGUUUUACGACAUAUCCAAAGCCUUUCUCUGGAAAACAAUCAGCUUGACCUACAUCAUCGGUCCAAGAGAGAACUGGCCUCAGAUGAUGAGGAUGAUGACAAGUGUCGGAAAGCGCUGGAAGAAUGGCUGAAAAAGAACAACGAGGAGAUCUUCCUAGACCGACUGUCACGAAGCCUGCAGCACAUCGGCAGGAUGGAUGUUGCCAUUGAAAUCAGCAACAACAUCAACCAGGAUGAGUCUGAAAAACUGAAGCAGUAUGUGGAAGGUUAUCACACGUACAUAGGCUCCCUCACACUGCCAGGGCUCAAGGGAAAAGACAGGGACAGGAGGCAACAGGGAAGCGAUUUCUGAAAGCACCAGGUCUGAGGUCAGAACUCGAUGUGUGGAAGAAGAACGACCUGGUCCUGUCUCUGGUCUUCACUGCCAUCGUAUCAACAGCAGUGGCUGGUCAAUCUCUAGACACACAUCUGUGACAUCAGUAGUAUUUUGGAAGUGUGUCCAACCUUAUUUGUUCAAAUACCCUGAGCAGGGAUAUGGUUGUAUUCAAACCUGUCAUUGUUGUCGUCAUGUCAAAAUAAUCCCAGUAAAUGUAUGUGAAGUUUUUGCACUUGUUUGUAUAGAAAUGAUCAACAGCAUCACAUUAGUAGUAGCUGUACUUAUGAUAGACGUAGUUGUUAGAGAGGAGAAGUCGAGUCAGUAGAGGAGAAAAGUAGUGUGUGGUGAUUGUGUCUCAACAGAAGGGAAAGGGAAAUAAAAGACACAUAUUUCUCGGUUUUAAUUCAUGAAAUCAUUGAUCUGAUUUGGGCCCAGAAGAGAAGCACAGGUCCUCACGGAGAAACAAACGAUGACAAAUGUGACAGUGUUGGUGCGAUUGUGUGGCUGCCAGCAGACGAGUGUGUGACAGAUGUGCUGGAUCCGGGCCCUUGCACCACAAGCACAGCCCUGGCGUUUCUGUGAUACCGACGCCACUUUUCAUUUCCCCUCCGAGUGACGGCAGCGUGCCCGCCUGGCAUCCUGCAGCAGCUCAUUAUCCUCCCUGGCUUCCAUCUCCCCCGGCAACCUGCCCACGUGUCCACGGGCUAUUGCGGAAAAGACAAAUAACAACAGCCGCGAGGGUGCGAGGGAUGCUGGGUAAUGACGCGGGGCGGUGAGGAAUUCUGUCCCAAAGAAUGAUAUGAAUCAGGAAGACAAGUUUUUGUUUCAUGCACAGAUCAUAUUCCUCAGAGGACCUGGGGGGCAAGAGAGCUCACCGUAUGACAGAUAAAACAAAGCAACCUUAGAAAGAACGUUCACUCAGUUUGGCCAAGCGUCGUCUGGAGACAUUAGCAGGCUGUUAUUGUGCAGCUUUGUGGUGAUGGAAAGUCAUGAAAGUGGUGACUACUUUGGUUGCCAUUUAGUUGCUGAAAAUCCAGGUCCGUUGCUGGAAUUGUCACGUUACGUAUGGGUGGGAAUUUGGUUGUCGAGGGUUGUGGAGGUGUGAGGUGAAGAAAUUAGGUGUUUGCAACAUGCUUUUGUUGCGUGCUGUUUUUCUCCUUUUGAUUUUGUGUUUCUGUCGAGACUGGGGCUGAAAUUAGAAAGCGUCUGUCUGACUUAGCGACUGAGGUUCCAGGUUGGUAUAGACUUGGUGGUGGAGUGAUCAGAUGUGGCCACAGUUGCGUGCAGCGUGGAAGUCAAGGGUCCGAAUGACCAUGAUGAAGCAGCUCUCACUGAUCUGCAGCAGGUUCCCAGGUGAGACAAGCAAGGCGUCACGGCUGCAGCACUGGUCCAGGCUCCAGAAAUAUUCUGAUCUGCCUUGUUUGUAUUUUGGGGUAUGUUGAAACAGUAGAAGAGUCUGCACCACAGGCUUCUGUGUUUGACCUUUGAGACGCGAAAAGAUCAGUGCUGUUUUCACAUGAGGCAACAUUGCCACCUGCUGGUUAACACUUGCUCUUCCUGCAAGUGGUCUUUAUUAUUCUUCAAGAUUAAAGGUAAUUUUGUGUUUGAGGUCGAUGCCUGUUUGAUGUUCAGGUAUUUGUGUUGGUGUUUCAAAUGCAGAACUAUCUGCUGUGUUCCUUACCGGUCUUCAGGUCAGCGGGCGGUUCAUACUGGAGAAUCUAGUCAAACCCAGAUGCAGCAUCUGCCGUCUAUGAGUGGCACCGUGUUGGAAUUCCUCCUGCCAUUUAGAAGAAUGUUUAUGCUGUGCCGCACAUAUUUUCCAUUCGUGCUUGAGCAGGGUAAGAGUGAGUUGAAGGGGAAGGGGGCAGGUCUGAUAGCAGGCGAAUAGUGGACUGCCAGUCAAAAUGUCAUCAUGACAAUGUCAUGAGCUCGGUUCUUUUGUUGUUUGUCGUUCAUUAUGUUAAAUCAUUCAAUUUAGCAGACUAAUCUGUGCCUGGUUCCGGUGGAUUGCUCAUCAACGCCUCCGGUGACACACUGCCAGCUCCUAAACGAGCCCCUGAACGCAUCACGAUGUGCUGUCCCGUCUUAUCUCCCUCUCCUCGCCUGUUAUAUCUGGCGACUCGACAGGUGAGCAAACAGACGCGGCCCUUGCUAAUGACUCGAUCAGAUGAUAGCAGGAGCGUGUGUGUCUGGAGCGGAGCUUUAUCUCUCGCAUUUCAGCUGUGGGCCUUUUAAUUAGGUCACAAAUGGACACGUUUCUUCCAUGAUGGAGGCGUGUGACACUUCAGAACUCAUCUGAGAUGUUAUAUUUUUAUAGUUGUUUGGCAUCACGAGUUUUACGUUUCGAGAUGUUAAGAUAGUCAAUAUGUUGAACUAUGUGCAGUGGUCAGUGCAGUUGAACCGCAGCUGAAAGACAAUGGGUUCCAAUGAGAGGCAGCGUGUUGCCUUUUCAAAAGGAUGUCUACUCUCUCUGCUCUUGUGUUUGGUGUUGGCUUCCCUCUGAGUAGAUGCAGUGACGUGUGUGUGUGUCACAUAUGAGAAGGUGAGAGGAAAGGCUCAAGUUUAUGCAGCAGAUAUGAGCUCUCAGAGUGGACUGGGAACAAGCCUGCGCAGUCGCAGACUCACAAUGGUUGGAUAAUUAAUUGCCCGUCUCGUUGUUGCUAUUUUUUGCUGAAUUAAGUCAUUAAUUUUUUUCAGAGCAAGUGCUGACGCCGCACAAUACGGAUUUAUGAUCCCGCGACGUCAAGGGGUUUGUUAAUGAGACUCAAUUAAUUAACGGUCAAAAGCCAAUUUAUUGGUGUCAGAUGGUUGGAUUACAUAUAUAGUGCUGCAGCAUGUAUAAGAAUGUUGUGUAAAAUGGACUCAUUACAACUCAUCUGUAACUGCAGGAAAUUAAAUGGAGAUUCAGUGUGAAGCUCAGCUCUUCAAGUCUUGACUCACAAUCCUCUAAUUGAACUGUCCACAGCCGAGCGGCCUUCAGUCGCAGCUCUCUGGUGACUGUGUUUACAAGCACUGAACGUGUGUCCAAAUGUGAUCAGCUGACCCGACCAGUGCUAGGUCAGAUGUCAUAGUUUGGUUCCACACAGGUCAGCUGGGUGCACCAACAUAACACCAGAGAUGUCACAUGCCUGUUAUUCAACAAUAGUCUUUAUUGGUUUAAACUUUACAUUCUGUCGCUUGACAACAGGGACACAACUCAUGAUGCACGUCAAGGUUCAUCAGGAUGCAAACAAAUCCUUCAAACUGGGAGCAAAUAUUAGUCCAACACUUAAAACAGCAUGUCCGUGUGCAAAACGCCACCAUCCGAGACUAAAGUGCAAAUAUUCCGCCGACACAUUUUUAAAAUCAUAACAAGGAAUGUAAACCGCACAAUUGGGUAACAGGGACCCCUGGUGGAGUAACAGAGGAACUGUACAACAGCAACAGACGUGGUCGCUCUUUCUAAAAAAAAAAUACAAUAUUCAAACCUUUAAGAUAUGUCAGAAAUCAAAGGUGUUUUUGUGCAACUCUGGAAUCAAAUUACGUUGAAUAACAAACAUGAGCCUUAAAGUAGUGAAAGUCUGUACAAUAAUUCUGUAAAAGUGUCAGACAGGUUAAUUAAUAAAAGUUCCAUAACUGAAUUGGUUGUUCUGGAGAUCUGCCCGAGCAUCACUCUUAAUACUUCCUCAUUUUAUUGCCAUAGUUAAAGCUCUUUGUUGUAUACUUAUAGCAGUACUGAUCCAUUUUUUUUAAACAAAUCAAAUCCUUUUUUCUGCUCAUAACUGCCCUCCAGCUGAAACACUUCAGAGAUUAAAUUAAUCCCUCAAUAAUGCAGCAAACAAAAAACAAGAGGCAAAUGUCAUUUUUAAAUGAAAAGUUGUUUCCGUAUCACAACUUUUAUGUUGCUAUUGGUCAGUGAAUCUGCACCACAUCAUGUGGUCAAGAAAUUCCUCGUAAAUAAAGCGUUAAGGUUAUGGAGGAAAAGCUUGAGACUUUGCCAUGCAGACACUGGAGAAAAUACUGAUGAUGUAGCAAGGUUAAACAGCGGAUAUGGAUUUGGUCACGUGACACAGCACAAUAAACAUCCUCGCCUGAAGUUGAUGCAGAGUCAUGUAACGUUGACCUGUUUGACUCAAGUUAUGUAAAGUGGUCUAGAAGUCGCUGAGGAUGCUGAUGUCAGCAAACUCCUGGCGGUAUCUGUGUGAGUACACAGUUAACAGGAAGGCCCACUUCAGGGUCAGGAAGCUCCACACACUCGACAGGUAGAGGCUGCGAGGGUCCGUCAGGGCUGCGGCACAGAAGAACAAGUACUUCUAUCAGAAACUUUUCUACAUUCUUAGUUUCAUUUGAGAUUGACAUGUGCGACGAGGACACACACAGCCGAAACAAUGCAGGGAGAAAGAUCACACCUUCUAGUAAAGGAAGGAAUGACAGAAGACGGAAGAACAUUUUAAACAUACGCGACACUUUGAUAACAAGCAAAACUAUGACUCAAGGUUGAUAACACUUUCUGUUUUCCCUGUCAUUCUGUUAUCAAAUAGAAGUAAAUGCAUAUGAAUUUAAUUAAACCUUACAAGAGCAAUUAUCACUUCAGUCAAAGGCAGAUAGAAUUUAGGUGUAGAGUCCUAAUAUGGAAGUUGCAUUGUAGGUUAGUUUGAGGUGUGCUAGACCGGCUCCAGAGGCUCCUGGUGAGUAACUCUAAUCCCUGAUGAACUUCAGAUGAGAGACUUACAUUGUUUCUGGGUGACAGCCAGAGUGAGGAAGGUGAUGAAGGCAGUGGCAGCAGUGAUGGAGAAGACGACACCCACCGCCAUGAAGAACCUCAGACCCUUCAGCCAAGUCCUCCAGAAGUCCUGCAGGUACAUGAUGUGAGUGACCAGACACCACAGAGCCAUCACACCUGCGGGGAGAGAAACACAAACACAAAGAGGGGGUCAUCCACACUGAGGCGGACGAAUGUUGCAAGAGCCGCUGAGCCAGAAGAUCUUCUCAUGAGCUGGACCACAUGACCAUCGUCCUGUCAGGCAGGAGACGCUAAUUAUCCCUGACGGCAAACUUAAUGAAGGGAAGCUGUUUACAAUAACAAAAAUCAACAUGGAAGUGGUUUAGUCCCUGAAGUGCCUGGAAUUAUGCUGGGAUUUUCUGCUGCAUGAAUGGAAUAUAUUGAUGCUGAAAUAAUGUGAAACUCUUGCAUUGAGUGACAUCUGCCUGUGUCUGAGCUCCUCUAUAGUCUCCAUGAAACAGUCUGAGAAUGUCCUGCUGACUCCAGUAUUUUUCUCAUCCCAAAUAAAUCUGAACAAACAAGGAGAGGAAAAUAUUUCGGGACACAUGGUCAUGAUGUUGUGAUCGAUCACCAUAUGUGACGGUGCUCACACAGAAGCUGAAUAUGUCUGAUAGGAUAUGUAAUUACUGUUUUCUGACCAAUCGGAGAUGUUCCCUGUGCUUGCAUAACCCCUGGUACAUGAAGCCUCUUCAGACAGAUGAAUGGAAUCAAAGCUGCAGGAGGGGAGACAGAGGAGGAGAGGCGAGUCACAGACGUCACUGAGGACAAACUGGAUUCUUUCUCUCUGAGUCUUCACAGGAUUGCAGAAGAGACGUUGCUGCGCUCGGCGGGUCCCUCAUGAUCUCCCAGACCACCAAGUUAGUUGCACUUCAGGCCUUCAGCUCCAUGGAGAACUUGUUCAGGUCCAUCUGGCCUCCACCCAGACGCUGCACACCAGAGACGCCGCUGCCUGAGGCCCUCAAUUCCAAGGACACCAUGAAGCAGUUCCUGUCGGAUCGAGUGUUGAAGGCCGCUCGCUCGCUCUACAGCGUGAUGAUUGAGAGGAACCCGGGUCUGAUCCGGGACCAGAAGUAUCACCUGAAGACCUACAGACAGUGCUGCUCUGGGAAAGAACUGGUGGACUGGCUGAUGAAACAACACGAAGGUCUCCAGUCCAGAGGGCCCGCUGUGGGAAUGUGGCAGGUUCUGGUGGACGAGGGGAUCUUGGUCCACGUCAAACAGGAGCUGAACUUCCAGGACAAGGACACUCAGUUCUAUCGCUUCCAGGGGGCAGCCUUGGGAGCAAAGCAGGCACCUCACGACAGCGAGGACGACCUUCAGGAGGGGCUGACCCUGCUGUCUCAGCUGGGCCCUGAUGCUCUGCUGACCAUGAUCCUGCGUAAGAGUCCCAGUCAGAGGAGUGCUGAGGACCUGGAGGUGAUCUACGAGGAGCUGCUCCACGUCAAGGCUGCGGCUCACCUGUCGUCCUCUGUUCGUAAAGAGCUGGCAGCAGUGCUGCUGUUUGAGUCGCACUCUAAAGCUGGAACUGUCUUGUUCAGCCAGGGGGACAAGGGGACGUCCUGGUACAUCAUCUGGAAGGGAUCGGUCAAUGUCAUCACGCAUGGGAAGGGUCUGGUCACGACGCUACAUGAGGGCGAAGACUUCGGUCAGCUGGCUCUGCUGAACGACGCCCCGCGAGCCGCCACCAUCAUCCUGAGAGAGGACAACUGCCACUUCCUGCGAGUGGACAAGCAAGACUUCAUACGGAUCCUCAAGGAUGUGGAGGCCAACACCGUGCGCCUGGAGGAGCAUGGGAAAACCGUGCUGGUUCUGGAGAAAAGUGUCAGCUCAGCUGGACCAGGAGGAAACUGCAGCAAGUACACAGUCAUGUCGGGAACUCCAGAGAAGAUCCUGGAACAUCUGCUGGAGACGGUGAAGCUGGACUCCAAUGGGAACGACUCGAUGGAUGCGACCGUGAGUGACUUCCUGCUCACCCACCGAGUCUUCAUGCCGUCCAGCCAGCUGUGUCCGGCUCUGAUGCAACACUACUGGGCUGAGCUUUGUGAGGGCUCAGAGAUGGAGAGGUCUGCCUACGUGGACAAUGCCAAGCAGAAGGUGGUGAAGCUGGUUGGCCAGUGGGUGGCGCUGUUCGGACCCCUGCUGAAAGAUGACUCAGUUGCCUCUGACUUCCUGGAGAAGCUGAAGAAGGAGGUGAUGGCCAACUCGCGCCUGACCAACAUGCUGAAGGACCAAUUCCGAGAGCGACGCAGAAACCGAGUGUCGGAGAACGGAUAUCAGUCACUGGGCAGAAAUCAGCCGUUUGACUGGUUUGCUCAUUGUGACGAGUCAGCAGUGCGGCUCCAGCCAAUCAGAGCACGGGACAAAGUCUUGUACGAAGUCGUCUGCUCGGACCACAAAGUUCUCACGCUGAUGUUGCCUGUGAACGCGACUGUACAUGAGGUGAUGUCGUCCAUCGUGAAAGCCAGCGGCGAUCAUGUUCUGGUCAAGAUGAACUCUGCUGGAGAGCGCGCUCAGUUGAAGCUGGACGCCAGCGCUGUCUUCACUGCUCUGGGGCUCAACGAGAGACUGUUCAUUUGCACCAGCGGACAAGUCGACCUCCUGACUCCCCUCAAAGAGCAGCAGGGUCCUGACCAAGGGACGGCAGAUGUCCUGGAACAGAUGAGCUCCAAAGACGUGGCCAGUGAGCUCACUAACUACGACUGGGAACUGUUCAGCGCCAUGCACGAGGUGGAGCUCAUCUACUACGUGUUCGGGCGCCACAAAUUCCCCGCCGCCAUCACGGCCAACCUGGAGCGUCUGGUGCGUCGCUUCAAUGAGGUCCAGUUCUGGGUGGUGACCGAGCUGUGUCUGUGUGAGGACCUGGUCAAGCGUGCCGUCCUGCUCAAAAAGUUCAUCAAGAUGGCGGCUGUACUGAAGGAGCAGAAAAAUCUCAACUCAUUCUUUGCCGUGAUGUUUGGUCUGAGCAACAGCGCCGUACAGAGACUCCACAAGACGUGGGAGAGGAUUCCCAGCAAGACCAAGAGGAUCUACUGCUCCUACGAGCGGCUGCUGAAUCCCACACGGAACCACCGAGCGUACCGACUGGCUGUGUCCAAGCUCAGUCCUCCCUACAUCCCCUUCAUGCCGCUGCUGCUCAAAGACAUGACGUUCAUCCAUGAGGGAAACCAGAACUGUGUGGACAAGCUGGUCAAUUUUGAGAAGAUGCGGAUGAUUGCCAGGACGGUGAAGGUUGUCCGUGGGUGUCGGAGUCAGCCGUACAUCCCGUCGUCUCCACAGCGAGGACUCACCGAACGGAUGUUUCUGGAAGGAGCUGCGACUCGGAUCUCCACGUACUCAGAGAAUGUCCUUCCUCUCCGGACGCCCUCAAACAUCCGGCACUACAUCCAGAACCUGCGAGUGGUGGACCACCAGCGGAGGCUGACGCAGCUCUCCAGGACUCUGGAGCACUAGAUCCUCUCCAGCAUCUGAAGUAUGUUUCUCUCCAGUCAGACCUGACAAUCUGGUCUUAGAGGUUUGGAUUCAGAGAGAAGCUGUGCUGCACCAGUCAUGACCUCUGACCUCUUAAACUGAAAGCACAAACACACGCUGCCACGACAACUUGGGCUUGAUCGCCGUUGAGAAAAUAAACCAGCAAUUCAGCGCUGAACUACAUCCCAUAAUAGGUCAUGUUUCUGACUUGUAAACUGACUGGACAGUCAUCCUCAGACUUCUCACCAGUCACAUGACAGCCAUCAGGCUGUAGCUAAAAACAAUGAGCGCGGCUGAAACACGCUAAAAUAGAAACAUCACCUGACACGGUCUCUUCCGUCACUCCAGCUGUGUUCACGUGACUUGUGCAGUUUCAUGUAGUUUGUAUCCGCACUUUCUUAUGUUUUAUAAAUAAAUUAU